GGGACUGUCCUUCCUAAAAAAGGGACGCUUGGGAGGUAUGCUAUGUGUGUGUUACGUUACAGCGAUGCUGAGUAUCAGCAGCCAGAGAAAGGAGAGGGAGGAAAAGCCUGUUUACACAGACUGUAAACCGCCUGGGGAAUAAUGCAGCAGAGGAAGUGAGCCGGCUCUCUGUCUGACUGCUCCAACUUCCUGCUCUCUCUCACACACACAGCACUGAAAAAAAGAAAAGAAAGAAAAAAAUCAGGAUCUCAUUACAACAGGAACGCUCGCAGACGGCUGUCAGCAUGGAGCGCGAACACAUAUUACCUGCUCCAUUGUAGAGCAUUAAGGGGAAAGUUCCGAGGACACAGCAGGAGUUCGGGUAUGGAGAGUGCAAUCACUCUGUGGCAGUUUCUUUUGCAACUGCUUUUGGAUCAGAAACAUGAACACCUCAUCUGUUGGACGUCAAAUGAUGGCGAAUUCAAGUUGCUUAAAGCCGAGGAGGUGGCCAAACUCUGGGGGCUUCGCAAGAAUAAAACUAACAUGAACUACGACAAACUGAGCAGGGCUCUGAGAUAUUACUAUGAUAAGAACAUUAUCAAAAAGGUCAUUGGGCAGAAGUUUGUAUACAAGUUUGUCUCCUUUCCGGAGAUAUUGAAAAUGGAUCCUCAUGCCGUGGAAGUCGGCAGAGACAGUCUGCUGCUGCAGGACAGCGAUUGCAAAAUCUCGGCUGAUCUAAGAGAACGUCACAAGCACACCUUGUCAGCAUUAAAAAGAAACGAAUACAUACACUCGGGCUUGUAUUCAUCCUUCACUAUAAAUUCCCUGCAAAAUCAGACAGACAACUACAAAGUCAUCAAAAGUGAACAGGAGGACGAUGACGAAGACGUGGAGGAGGAAGAAGAAGAAAAGGAAAAGCCACAUGCCAAAAGCCCCAUGGAGGAAGUCAGAACUGUUAUAAGAUUUGUUACAAACAAAACAGACAAGCAAGCUGUCCGGCCUGUAGUUUCAAUACCAUCAACAUCAGAAUCGGCAGCCGCAUCAGAAUUUUUAACAUCUUUUUCUGCUAAACGGUCUUCUGAUAGGUCAAAUAGAGCUAGCGUGUCAUCUUCAUCACCCUGCUCCACCAGAUCACCAUCUCUGUCCCCUAACAUUUCCUACCGGACAGAGCAGAGAAGUCCAUUCUUUGAUUACCCUUGCCACAACACAGACACCUUGGAACCAUUAAAUCUCUCGGCAGGAUCCAAAACAAAGUUAUCUUGCCACCCGCCAAAGGCUAAGAAGCCCAAGGGUCUGGAGAUCUGUUCUCCACCCCUGCUCCUCUCUAGUAGCGAUAUUGGAUCGAUAGCUCUAAACAGCCCAGCACUUCCUUCAGGAUCUCUGACCCCAGCCUUUUUCACAGCUCAGAAACAAGAGGUGAGGAGGGCUCUGCUCAAACGAGCUUACAAUCUAGAGGGAGUAGGUAUGAUUAUAGAGGACCAGCUCAGCCCUUCUAGUUGGAGGAACCUGCCAGUGCCAGCCCUGUAUAAUGAUGAAACUCCAAAUGGAUUACUGUUAGCUCCAAGUCCUCUUUUGUCCAGUAUUCAUUUCUGGAGUAGCCUUAGCCCAGUUGCUCCUUUAAGCCCAGCCAGGCUGCAAGGACCAAAUACCUUGUUUCAGUUUCCAAGUCUGCUGAACAGUCACUUACCGAUGCAGUUGACAGGCUUGGACAGAGCUUCAUCUCCAGUGCUGCUAUCAACCUCUAACCCCCCAAAGUCCUGAUAUACUCCACUCAUUAUGGACUGGUCAACCAACCCAUGAAAUAACUCAUUACCAGAACACCUCAAGUCUCUGGAUAAACUGUACAUGUUCACACGGCACCUUCUGUGUUUCAUUGAAGUGGUCGACAGCAGUGCAAAGAAUUGCAUGAGUAUUAUAGGCUUUGUUUGGUUUAGUAAGUGUUGAGCACUGUUCAAUUCUCUCCCCCUCAAUCGCCGACUUAUGAUACACCCCUAUGUUAUGCACUUGAACUUUUGUCAACUAUAACCGGCUGUGUGCCUUUUUUUUUUUUAGUUGUGUAAAUUGUUUAUAUAUAUUUCUUGCAUUACGGGGAACAGUUAGGAAGAGAUACUUCUUUUGAUAGCAUUUUAAGCCCCUUUCCCCCAAACAUAUAGUCCAGCAAUAUUUGUAUUUAGUGCUUUUUAAAUGUAUAAUGAAACAUGGCCUUAUAUUUUCUACAUUGGGAACACAAAAAAAUAAAAAUAAAUGUUAUCUUUGAA